AUAUACGUAUAUAUUCUUCUUCUUCCUCUUUUUUUCCUUUCGGCUUUAUAUAUAUAUAUUAGCUAAUUAUUUCUACCUUUUAAUGUGUCAUUCCAAACCCCUUUGAAAUCUGACAUUGAUUACAUUCAUUGAGCGGUGGCAUCUAAUGUGUACCACUGUGUACUUUUCUGUUGAGAACGAAGUGACUUUAAAACCUCGAGAUAUUCUGAGCUGUUGUCUUAACAUCAAACUUCUCCGUCAUCUCGAGGUCACACAGCUAGUUGUUGAUGUUAGAUAAAGAUCAUCAGUUACAAGAUUAAACAGGAACUUGUUGUUUGUCCAACAAUAUCACACUGUACUCAUCUGUUGUGUGUGUUUAUGUUUAUACUGUAUCACAAAUGAUGUGAUUUCACGUCAUCACAGCCCAGAUCUGUCUUCAAUGUUUCCAUUUAGAACCCAAGGAAUGAGCCUGCGAUCACAGUUUUACUGCAGUAAAUCAGUGGUAUGAAACAACCUGAUUUACUGUUUCAUUCACAGGCUGAAGCCAAGACUCCGCUGCCGUCUACAACCGGCGGUUUAUGAAGGAAACAGAGAAUACAUCCAGAUCCAGUAAAGAGGGACGGAGGAUGUUUGGGAUGCGGACGACACUAACAACACUGUCCACGUUGUGCUGCCUGCUGAUGCUGAUUCAUGGUUCUCCAGCCGGUGCAGCGUUCACAUGCAGCUCGUCUCAGUUUACAUGUGGAAAUAAGAGGUGCAUUACCCAGAGGUGGAUCUGUGACGGAACAGACGAUUGUGGUGAUGGAACUGACGAGCUGCCUGCAGCCUGUGAAUCCAAAACUUGUAGGGAGUCAGAGUUCAACUGUGGCCUCCCUCGGAACCAGUGCAUCCCAGGAGGCUGGCAUUGUGACGGGAAAGCUGAUUGUGACAACGGAGCUGAUGAGACAAACUGUGAAGCCAAACAGUGCAGCUCUGAUGAGUUUCAGUGCGCCAAUGGACAAUGUGUAUCCAGAACCUACCUCUGUGACCGUGACAACGACUGCUCCGACGGUUCAGACGAGGCCUCCUGCCCUAAGCCCACCUGCAACCCACAAUCAUUCCAGUGCAACAACUCCGUAUGUGUCCCGGCUCUGUGGCGCUGCGACGGAGACGAGGACUGUGCAGAUGGAUCUGACGAGUGGUCGCAGAAUUGCGAGGGCAAGCGGCCUAAAAACACGACAGCCAGCUGUAGAGAUCACGAGUUUCAGUGUGCUAACGGAGAAUGCAUCCACAGCAGCUGGAGGUGUGACAGAGGUGUGGACUGUCUGGAUGGAUCAGACGAGGUCAACUGCAAUUUCACUGCAUGCCGUCUAGAUGAGUUUCAGUGUAAUGAUGGCACGUGUAUCCAUGGCAGCCGACAAUGUGACAAAAAGUCUGACUGCAAGGAUCUUAGUGAUGAGAUUGGCUGCGACACAGACAUCGUAUGUGAAGGUCCGACCAUGUUUAAAUGUAGCAGCGGAGAGUGUGUCAGCAUGGACAAGGUGUGUGACACAAAGAGAGACUGCGUGGACUCCUCUGACGAGCCUGUGGAAAAGUGUGGAAACAACGAGUGUCUGACAGGAAACGGCGGCUGCUCCCAUAUCUGCACCGAUCUGAAGGUUGGCUACAACUGUUCCUGUCCUUCUGGGCUCAGCCUGAACUCAGAUAUGAAAACGUGUGAAGACAUCGAUGAAUGUUCUCAACCAGACACUUGCAGUCAAAUCUGCAUAAACCUACCAGGAAGCUACAAGUGUGACUGCAAAAAUGGCUACCAAAUCGACCCUGCGACCAAAACCUGCAAGGCUGAAUUAGGCGCCGUGCCUACGUUGUACUUUACCAACAGACACGAGGUGAGGAAACUGACAAUAGACCGCAGUGAGUACGCUCAGGUGAUCUCACUGCUGAAAAAUGCAGUGGCGUUGGACAUGGACAUGCUGGAAAGGACAAUCUUCUGGUCUGAUCUGUCCCUGAAAACAAUCUACAGGUCCAACAUUGAUGUGGCCAGUAACUCCUCUCAGCACUCCGUGGUUAUUGGAAGUGGAAUUGAAGCCCCCGAAGGCAUUGCAGUCGACUGGAUCCAAAAAAACAUCUACUGGACAGAUAACGUUUUGAAAACCAUCUCUGUGGCCACCACCGAUGGCAGCAAGAGGAAAACCCUCAUCUCCGAAAACCUCGAAAAGCCAAGAGCGAUCACCGUGGACCCAGUCAAUAACUUCAUGUACUGGACAGACUGGGGGCAGCAGGCUAAGAUAGAGAAGAGUGGCUUGAAUGGAGCAGAUCGUGUGAUUCUGGUUGAAGAUAACAUUGUGUGGCCCAGUGGCAUAACCCUGGACAUUGUCAACCAGCGUCUGUACUGGGUGGACUCCAAGUUGCACACACUGUCCAGCAUCGAUGUUAACGGAGGGACACGACACACUAUCAUUUUAAACAGUGACAAACUUUCCCACCCACUCUCCCUGACUGUCUUUGAGGAGAGAGUUUUCUGGAUAGACGCAGCCAAAGGUGCUGUUUACAGUGCCAACCGUUUGACAGGAAACCAGAUCACUGAGCUGGCUGUGGAUCUGGACCAUCCAGAGGACAUUAUCCUGUACCACGACCUCAAGCAGCCCAACAAUCCAAACUGGUGCAGUGAAGGCAGCACAGUGAAUGGAGGCUGUGAGUUCCUGUGCCUCCCGGCCCCUCAGAUCAAUGAGCAUUCUCCAAAGUACACCUGUGCCUGUCCAGACCACAUGAGCAUGGGCCUGGACAUGAGGACAUGUGUGACAGCUGUCCCUCCUGAGAAAGACGAUGGUGAUGCUUCGCUCCCAUCUACAGACAAACCAAAGCCGACUACACCUCCACGGCUCGUUCCUGCCACCACAACUACAACCACCGUUAGACCAGACAACAAACUGGCAUCUACCAAACAGGUGGUGGCCACAGAGAAGCCAGAACAGCCUGCUGCCUCUGCUCAAGGUGACAGACUGGCAGCAGUGCCUACAGAGGCCCCGCCCUCCCACCCCGUCGCUCUCUAUGCUGUGCUGCCAAUCAUGGUCAUUGCCUUGCUGGGCUCCGUAUCGGUGUGUCUGUGGAGACAAUGGCGUAUGAAGAGCGCCAACACCAUCUUCUUUGACAAUCCUGUGUACCAGAAAACCACGGAGGAAGAGGUGCACAUCGGCAGGAACAGCUCCGACGGCUAUCUUUAUCCUCAGAGGCAGAUGUUGAGCAUGGAGGACAUGGACAGUCCUUGAUCCCAGGAUGUAGAACAGAUCCAUAGCUUUAAUGAAGGGCAUUCUUUUCACUUUUCUUUAUCCUGCUGUUGCUGCCGCUGCUUCUUGUUGCCUCACUGACCUCAUUCUAUGGUGUAUGUUUCUGACCUUAGCACUGUGAUGAUGAACGUGUAAAAGGUGUAAAAUAUAUAUAUAUAUAUAAAUAUAUAUAUAUAUAUAUAUGUGUGUGUGUGUAUAUAUAUAUAUAUAUCUUUUUGACUGUUAAAAUAUAGUGCAACUAGAAAAAGGAUUUAAAAUGAAGGGUUAAUGCAAGGUUAUGAUCCUCAUAACAGGCUGUAUGAAAGUUACUGUUACCUUUUCUACCGUAGCAUUCUGUUCACUAAGAAAAGGUUUAUACAAUCUCCAGAUUAUCACCUCAGAUUAUGACAAGACUUUAUCAUCCACUACAUUUUGUUUGUCCUGCUAGGACUCUGUUGGACUCUCUACCUUCAGAGCAGUCUUAGUGCUCAGUGGGAGUGAUGUUCAUGGUACUGAUUCAGUGGUGUUUUCGAGCAGAGGCCAAGUGAAGUCAGGCUUCCUCACUUAUUUUUUUUCUAGAAUAUAACCGUGAUUUAAUGAAACCACUGUUGCCUCCUCCUCUCUCUCUCUUUAAGAGAGCGUUUUAUGGUGAGCAAACAGCGCCUCUCUAAAUGUAACAUGGUUAAUGUAAAUGAGUGUUGAAAACAUGGUACUGCACUCUGUUGCUUGUGAGGAGGCCAAGCUGAGCUGACUUAGCUUCCCAGGAAACUUUUCCUGAGCCCAUUCCUCACUUGAACCGUCCGUAGAUGCUAGUGUCACCCUCUGUCUUUUGAUCCACUGCUUUCAAGAAACUAGUUCUUGAGAACUGUUGCGUUGUGACAUGAUGUUUUAUACUGCUGGAAAAAGCCAUUCUGGUCAAGAAGAACUGACCAUGGUUAAGUAGGUAGGUAGGUUGUUGGGUUGAUCACUCACACCUAUUGCACAAUUACCUUAAACCUGAACAGCUGGUUGAACAUGGAAGUAACAGAACUGUUGUGGAUGUUCAUUGUUAGUCAGAUUUAAAUGUAGUAAAGUUCCAUCUAUUUAUUUUUCAGUUGUAGCGAGCCUUAGCCCCUCAGCCUCAGCCUCCUGGUAAGAGCUGACAGGAUUGGCACCGCUUGUGUUUUUAAUCAAAGAUUGAUGUUCUGUGCAUUCAAAGAUGUUUCUGUUCUGAAUAUUGUGAUGUGUUGGAGUGACUGCUUACCUCUCAUCUUAAACUAGCAAAGCCUUUAGCCACUGACAUCUGCAUUCAGCUUAGUGUUUUUACCCCCCCCCCCCUCCCAAAAAACUUUCUGGGUGCUGUUAGACCCAUGUGUCUUAACCUUGGAUAUGGCUCAGGUCAAAAAAGGACAUUUUAUCAGUGUCAACACCAUGCUCAAAGACAUUUAAAUGAGAUGUCACAAUCUGAUGCUCAACUGGUCGUGAUUGAAUGUUUCGACUUCAACAUCAAAGGUACAACAUGUAAGACUUAACUAAUCAGGAACUAUGUUUACAGGGGGGAAAGAUUUUUUUUGGAGUUUUGUGUUGAAAUGAGAAACACUGGUGAUGUUAUGUUUUGCUGUACAUUCAGAUGGCAAUAGUCAGACGUGAGAUCCACAGUCAACAGCUUCAGCUGUAGAACAGGUUGGACUGUACCUGAUGAUGUUGUCGGCGAGUGAAUGAAUCACACUCCAAAAUAACUUUGACUUGAAAAGCCUGACCUUUACACUCACCACAUUCAGUUGUUGGGUGGAGUCUGUUGAAUGUACUACACACAGGAAAUGCCUUUUGACUUUUCUGACUUUUAGUCAAUUUUCUUUGGUAGUGCUUUAACCCUGAAGCUUGACAGCAUUUUUCUCCCAUUCUUCUGGAUAGACCAGUUUAUCUACAGUCAUCCAUUCUCUUCUCUUUUUAAUGACAAUCACACAUAAAACAGUGCCUUGAAGAUAUUUAAGUUUGCAGGUCACGGUGGUUUGUAAGAUGAAUGAAGUUAACUGAAGUCGUUCAAAUGAAGAACCUUUAAAUGAAGGUAGUUGAAGUGAUCAAAUGUGAUUGUAGCUACUGUAUUGUGAUCGUGAACCCACCUGAUGUACAUAGCUCUGUAAAUAUUUCACAGGUAAAUAUUUGAACACUCCAAAGCAAUAUUCUUUGAUGCCUUUUUGUGUUUGUAAAGUUUUAUGAAGAUUUGAUGUGUAUGUGCAUUUUUAAAUAAUUAUUUUUAAUUUAUUUGUGGUAAUGUGAGCAAAACUGUCUUGACCAAACUGAUCGUUGUAAAUAAACAUAAAUGAAAUAAUUUAUUUUGCACAGGAGUCCUGUGCAUUGUUCAGUCUUCACGAUGCACAAUUUAGUUGUACGCAUUUGUAACGUGUACGCGCAGCAGCCUGCACACAGCUUUGUUCAUUCAUUGUCUUUUUUUAAUAUAAAAAAUUAAUACA